GCGUGAUGCUGCACACCGGAGUAUGUUUCUGAUAAAUCCUGUUCUCGAACAUUUAGUAGCUACCAUGUUUGUCAUUGAGAUGUUUGCACAACAAAAUGAGUGAUACUUGACACAACCAUAGGACACAACUGAAUCGGUUGAGCUCUAGUUGACGUAGGUAGUUAAAGCCAACGUGUAUUUUAGUCAGCGCGAGUAUAAGCGAAUACGGAAGUGAGUUCGACUGUGCCUGUCGCUCCAGCGUCGUCUUGUUUUCUGAUGAGCCCAUAGCAUCAGUAUCGUGAACAUCAGAGGUCUCUUUUGUGGCCUGAGAUUAGACGGUAUGAUGCCGUUCACGAAAAGACCAUGGGUGACAAAUGUAAAGAGUGACAAGUGAAGGAACUCUGAUCCACCAUGGGAAACACAUCAUCAAAGAGUGGCAGCGGAGAGGAACCGGUCAAAACAACUUUGUUUGAAAAGGAGCCAAGUGGGAUAACCUACAGAAUUCCUGCUCUAAUUUAUCUGAGGCACAGUCGCACCUUCCUCGCCUUUGCAGAGAAAAGAUCCUCACCCACUGACCGAGAUGCCAAAAUUCUUGUUAUGAGAAGAGGAACGUUUAAAGAUGAUGGAUCUGUUCAGUGGUCGUCCAGUCAGGAGCUGUCAACAGCAUGUCUACCAAACCACCGCACUAUGAAUCCUUGCCCUGUGUAUGAAAAAAACAACAAAACACUGUUUUUAUUUUUCAUCUGUAUCUUGGGAACUACCACAGAGCACAGGCAGAUCAUCACAGGUAAGAACAAGGCGCGUCUUUGCUGUGUUAGCAGCAGCGAUGACGGGCAAACCUGGAGUCAAGCGAGAGACUUAACAGAAAGUGUGAUUGGCGAAACUAUCCAUAAGUGGGCCACAUUCGCAGUGGGUCCGGGCCACGGUGUUCAGUUGGAGAACGGCAGAUUGAUCAUCCCAGCGUACGCCUAUUAUGUCCCCUACCGAUGCUGUUCCUUUCCCAUUCCUUUUACAGUCUACCCACGUGCACUGUCAGUAUAUAGUGAGGACUUUGGCCAGACGUGGCAUAUAGGUAAGAUGCUUCGAAAAAAGUCAUGUGAAUGUGAGAUGGCAGAGAUCAUAGACCACGAGGGCAGGAGUCAUCUUUACUGCAAUGCUCGUAACACUGGAGGCCACAGGUGUGAGGCCCUGAGUGAAAACAGCGGUGUGUAUUUUGACAAACCCCACAUUGCUCCAGAGCUCGUCGAACAACGUUCAGGCUGUCAAGGCAGCGUUAUUGGCUUUCCAGCUCCUGAAUUUGUCCCCAAUGAUGACGCUGAAAGCAAAGCUUGCGGCACAUCGCUCUUGUCUCCUGACACACAAACCUGGCUCCUCUUCAUCCACCCAACUAACAAGUCGAGUAGAAGGGACAUGGGGGUGUAUUUGAACCGAUCCCCCCUGCACUCAUCCGGGUGGGACAGGCCCAGGAUCAUCCACAGCGGGCCCAGCGGCUACUCAGACCUGGCUUACAACGGAGACAAGGAUCAGUUUUCAUGCCUGAUGGAGUGCGGGAAAAACAGUGAACUUGAGCAGAUUGCGUUCAUGUCGUUUACCCUUAAUGAUGUCAUGCAGACAGGCAGUAAGAAAGACAAGAAGAAGCGUUAAAUUUGCGGUUGCUUUUCUUUCUGUUUUAACAAUGCUCUCUAACAUUCUCCUGCAACCUAAAAAUCCAAGCAAAAGCCUCUAAAUAUGCUGUGCAGUAACAUCUGUCUGUGUUUACUGUUGUUCUGCAGUCUGGAGAUGAUGAUAAUGCAUGCAUGAGUCGUGUGUUUUGUUGUCUCCUUGUUUACAUGCAAAAGUAAUUUAAGUCUUAAUAGUAUUAAUAUGCAAGCAGCUGUGUAAGGAAGGAAACUAUUUUUAAUAGGUUGGGUGUCUGAUUUGAAGCAUGCUGUGCUGAGCUGUCAUCUUUAAAACAGGCUUUGUGUGUAGCAUGUUUGACAAGUACUUCAUGGCCAUUUCUGCAUCUUAUUAAACUGUCAGUAUAUUCUGCGCAGGGGAGAGAAUUUACCUACCUCUUUUUAUUUUCAUAUGAAGAUCAUAGCAGGCCUUGUGAAGUAGAGCGUAUAGUUUCCUCCAUGCGCAGUCGCUCCUUUACAUAAAGUAUACUCUGAUUCACAUAUGCCUUCUACUCCAUGGUUAAACUUUAGCUGUGCCACAGCCUGUCAGAGCACACAUUUUCUGUAUGUCACAGUGAGCAAAGUUAGACAGAAAAGAUAAACAUUUACUUUUUACUUGCCACAUCCAGCUAAUCAAUGAAGAGACCAACAGAACUGUACCACAUCUAUAAGUUGGAAGAGAACAGUUGAUGGAUUGAUAGAGAGCAACACUUCUAUCAGGAGCAUUUGGGAUACUUUGUACUGUACACAGAUUUUCAACAAUAUUUCACUUGGGUAUAUUAUUUUGUUAUUUAUUUUCUGGCGCAUUUAGCAUGAUUGUGUCGUUUCCCCCCCUCCGCCAUCAUUAAUUCAGUGCAGUGUAUGAUUGGCUGGCUGUUGGUUAUCAAGUGAAAGCAUGUAACGGCAUGUAACAGCAGAAGAAGACUCAUUAUUUAUAAAGCCUCUAGGAAUUUGCACACACAACCUUGUACUGAGCGACUUUAACAUUCAUCUUUGCCUCCAGGUGGUUCUACACUAAUUUCAUUGUGUUUUUAUUGACUGUUGUGGAAAGUGACAAAACCUGCAUGAAACAUGUCUUUUAGUAGAAAAUAAAAGUAACCUGUGAUCACGAGACUCAUCGGUUUUGUGCACAUUUAUCCUGA